CGGUGUGCGGAAAGGGGCGUGGCGCGCGGGCCACUGCCGGGCCUGAGAGGCCGGACGGCCUUGAGCCUGGGGCUGCAUGGAGAGCCUGGCGCUCGGCCGCUGGCGACGGCGGAAGGCGGAGGAGCUGCAGGUUCUGGGGGACGUGAAACGGGCAUGCAGGAGAUUAGAAGCCAGUGGGCAUGAGCAUGGCUGUCACCAGCUGAACGCCUGUGCUCUGGCGUCCUGGGGACCAGAGGACCAGGAGCCUCCAUCAAGAGCCCCAGCACUGAGGCUAGAGAGUGGCCAGGGGAGGCCAAGUACAGGGAUUUCUCAGAAUGGCGGAAGGAGCUCAGCCCAGCCUUGCAUAAGAUGUAUUGCAGGGGAAUCUGGACAUUUUAACCAUACCAAGAAUCAUUAGGAGAUGCAAGCUGGAAAAAAGAAGAUUCCAGCUUCGGUUCCGAACUCUUCAUGUUGCAGCAAAUGGGAAUCUCCUACAGAUGGGUUUGCACACCUGCCUGUUCAGAUAGCAGCUGGUGCCCUCUGCCGGUGGGGGAGGUUUGUGUGUCCUCUCAUUCUGGUGAACCCACCGUCCUCUGCAGGAGAACCAGGAAUCCACGUCACUUCAGAAGAGCACCCAACUCAUUACUAUGGACUGCAGGCUCCUCUCGAAUGUUCUUGCUUGAGAGGGGAUCAGUUGCAUUAUUUACAAGUCAAAAGUCUGGUGUCAAACUUCCUGUGAGCGUGGGCACUCAUGGCCUGUGGAAGCCCAUCCAGACGCAGCCCUGCCAUUGUGAUUUUUCAUUGUUUUGCCAAUGUACCCAGCGCUGCUUACAUACUCUUUCAUUGAAAGACUUAUUUUUAUAUUUAAAAUGUUCUAAUCUGGAAGUGAAUUUUACUGAAUGCUAAGGUCCAGUCUAUUCCCCGACUGAAGUUACCAGCGACAGGAUCCCUUUUAUAUUAAAGUGGAAAUUACUCAUUU